AUGUGGUUUUAUUUUGUCCUGUUUCGAUUUCAGGAUGCACUAAAAGGAUUGUUGAGUGAACUGGAGGAGUCUGAGAGAAGGUUAACCGAGGUUCAACUGAAACAGAAACACAACAUCUCCGAAGUGCAAGAGACUUUUGUGACUGGAUUAAACCACAUUAAGCAGUGUUUCGCUGAGAUGGGGCAGUUCAUGCAGAGAAAGGAGCAAGGUUUGGUAGAAAAACUGGAGGCCAGGGCAGAAAACACGAUGAAAGAGAUGGAAGUGAGACUGAAAGAGAUCCAGGAAGCAUUGUCAUCUGUGGCAGCAGAAAUGGCAAAGAGAAAAGAAGAGAUGGAGGAAGAAGAUGACUUAAAAUUCCUUCAGGGAUUGAGCAGCCUAAAGCCUAGGACUGCAGAAGACAUUAAGGCACUUGAAGAUACAUCUGAAGACCCCUCAUUGGAAAUAUUAAACGGCCCAUUGCAGUACAGUGUGUGGCAGGAACUGGGCAAAGUCAUCAAACCAGAGCGGACCUCACUGACCCUUGACCCUGACACAGCCAGCCCCUGGCUCCGUCUGACCCCUGACCUCACCGGCGCAGAGUGGGCCACCCAGAAACACUCGAUGCCCGUGGGUGACCUGGGGCGGUACGACUCGUGCCCAUGCGUCCUGGCCUCGUCCGGCUUCGAUUCGGGGCGUCACUACUGGGAGGUGAGAGUGGUAGGCCGUGCCAGCUGGACGCUGGGGGUGGCCUCAGAACGGGCGCCGAGGAGGGGGGACAUCCUGCUGUCCCCUUCCAACGGCUACUGGGCCCUGGGCUUGAGGGAGGGCGGCCGGUACAGGGCCUUCUCGGUCCCUCUGAGGGACCUCUGGCCUCCCUUCAGGCCCCGGGUGAUCGGCGUCUACCUGGACUAUGGCAGUGGGCAGUUCUCCUUCUACGAUGCCGAUGGCCUGCGCCACCUCCACACCUUCAGGGGCUGCACCUUCGAGGGCAAGCUCUACCCCUUCUUCAGCCUAGGCCAGGACCACCACCAUCAGGCAGGGGCCUCCUCCUCCGAGUCCCUGCAACUGCUCAACCCGCCGGCUGCCCCCUCCCCCAACGAGGACGAGGGCCGGGAGUCCUGCCCGUGCUCCGAGUGCCAGGCAGUGGAUGAUGCCGCCCUCCCCCACGGGGAAGGGGCCCACCGUCGCCGUCACCACCCUGCCGGGCCAGGCCCGAGCUGCUUGGGCCCAGGGGCCUGGCUGUGCCUGGGGGCGCUGUUGGCAUUGGGUGUGCUGGCUCCCGGGCGCCUGGUUGAGAGCUACCUGGUGUGCUGCGGGGUGAUGGGCCUGGCAGCCUGGAGCUGGUCCCUGCUGGAAAGGGGCGGGAGCCCACGGGCGACGGAGGUCUGCCAGGUCUGCUGCGGGGCCCUGGCCUACGCCGGGCUCUGGUGCCUGGCGCUGGCCUACGCCAGGCUGCUGGGAGCCUGCUCGCUGGCGCUGAGCCUGGGGGGCCUGAUGCUGGCCCGCAGGGCUCACUCAGGCCUGGCGCUGGUUCCCGGAACAGCGGCCCUGCUCGGGCUUCUGGGCCUGUCGGACUCCGAGGUGUGGGCCUGGUGGACAUGCUGCGGCCUGCUGGGCUACGCUGGGUUGUGCCUGGCCGUGUUGGACCGCAAGGCCGGGGCAGAGCUGUGCUGGUGGUGCUGCGGCAUCCACGGUUACUUUGGCCUGUGCCUCCUGGUGCUGGGCGCCUGGCCACUGGCCGGUGUCUGCUGGAUCCUGCUGGGCAUCGCGGGACUCGCCCUCGGAAUGACGGGCCGCUUUGGGAUCCGCUGGCUCUGGGCCGGCGUCCUGAGUUACUGCGGCGCCUGGUGCCUUCUCCUGGCUGAUGCUCAGCUGUCCGCUGUCGCUCUGGGCAUGGCCGGCUUCAUUUGGUCAAACUGGUCCCGUCUCCCUCACUAGGCAGGGCCUUGUCUCCUUCAUUUUUAACACUCUUCCCCGUGCCUGCGUGGGUUUCCUCCGGGUGCUCCUGUUUCCUCCCAAAGAUGUGCAGGCUAGGGUGGAUUGGCCAGGCUAAAUUGUCCCAUAGUGUCCUGGGUGGGUUAGCCAUGCAGGGGUUAUAGGGAUAGGUUGGGGGAGGGGAGGUGCAGUGUCUGGGUGGGAUGGUCUUUGCAGGGUUGGUGCGGAACCGAUGGGCCGAAUGGCCUGCUUCCACGCUGUAGGGAUUCUAGGGUACCAGGAAAGCUCCCGUAUGGCCAAUUAACUUUUUUUUUUAAAACCCAAUCACAUGUGGAUUCCGUUGUGUCACUCGACACGAGGACCACAUUUAUACCCAGAGCGGCGACAGUGUGUUAAUGUUUUUAUCGUUGUUCUUGGUAACCAGGUUGGGUAGGGUGAAAUCGAAACCAAUCUUUACACAGCACGGAGUUAUUUGCCGAGUGAAACAUUGCAAUUGUGGAGUGUCUUUAUUUAGAUUUUUGUUUUAACCAACCCAUUCAGAGGUAUCAUUGCAUAUCUCUGGAGGAGGUGGGACUUGAACCUGGGCCUCCUGGCUUAAAGCUCGGGACACUACAACUGUGUCACAUGAGCCCCGGUCUCUUUUGUUUAGAUUCGGCCCCCACCCCCCUCGAAUCACCUGUGGUUAAUACGUAUGUGUGUAUAAAUAUAUAUUUUUAUAGGGAGACAGAAAAAAGAAGCCACCACUUUGAAUAGGCAUUUUACAUACAGAUAUAAUAUUUUUUCUCCACUGUCAGGAAAACACCCAUGUGGCCAGUUGAAUAUUUACAAGCAAAGCCUGUCAAGGGCAGCAACAUUAACAUCAAAAAGUGAGGUGGGGUAGGGGGUAGGGGUUAGGGUUUAGAGAACAGAGGGAGGAGACAAAACCAAGAUGGAGUUGGAGGGGGAAAUAAAGCACUUAAGCCCCACCAUGACCAACUCCCCCCACCCCACUCCCGGGCCCACCUGUCCGUAAAAGCGUCAAGAGCAUUGCUCGUCACUCUCCAAGGACACCCAGGCUCGAAUGUAGCCGCAUUCAAAGUGGGGUGGGGUGGGGUGGGGGUGCGGUUGCUGGUGGUGGUGGAAAGUGGGGCUGAGGCCAAGAUGAGAUAGUCUCUGAAAAGGCAGGGUGCAGGCUCGAGGGGCUGAAAAGGCCUACCCCGGGCCCAGUUCUGUGGAACUCCCUGACCCAAACUAAACUAGUCCCACCUGCCUGUGCUUGGCCCAUGUGCCUCCCAACUUUUGAUUAUUGCCAGUCACGAGCCAACAGGAAUACUUCCUGGCAACACCGACGUGAGUCCAAAUGAUUGUCGCUGCAGCUUCAAGGGGGACAAAAAAGCCCAAUGCUCUUGAAAAAUUGGUCUUGGACUUCCAUUCCCUGCUGCAGGCCCCCCCAACCCCAAUCCCGCAAACCUAGAUUGAAACAAAGACAGCAGCUCGCUUCUGACGACGCCCACUACCCGUCUGGGAUCUUCCCAUACACCAUGGGGACCCACACUCGUGUCAUUUCUGCAAUGACCACCUACUGCCACAAUCCAAUAUCACACUGCUGCUCUGUCUCACUACUCCUUCUGCAGCUCUAUCGAGAGGAGUCUGCUAAAGGCAGUUCUAAAUUGUUUGCACUUCGAACGUCAUAACCUUGUUGAAAUAAAGUGAAAUCGUAGAGUCAUACAGCACGGAAACAGACCCUUGGGUCCAACCAGUCCAUGUUGCCAAACUAAACUAGUCCCACCUGCCUGUGCUUGGCCCAUAUGCCUCCAAACUUUUGAUAUUCACAUAAUAAUCUAGAUUUUUUUUUAAAACUUUGUAACCGUACCUGCAUCCAUCACUUCCUCUGGAAGUUCAUUCCACAUAUGAACUACACACUGUGUAAAACAAAAAAAAAUUGUCCCUCAUGUCUCAGUGAAAGAAAAAAUAUCCCAGCCUCUCCUUACAACUUGACACUUCCAGUGCCGGCAACUUUCCUGGUAAAUCUUCUCUGGAACCACUCCAACUUAAUAAUGUCCUUUCUAUCAUCUUUGUUGUUUUUUUAAAAUUUCCAAACCAUUCACUGAGUGUUAUGCAGCAUGGAUUAUCCAUCCCAAACUGAGUUCCGAGCCUGGUCUCCACGUGACUCCAGACCCGCUGCAAUGAGGGGUCAACUCUUUGCCCAUCCCAAACUGAGCUAUCAGUGGUGGCCAGAGCAGCGACCCCCCACUUUUUCUUUAAAAAAAAACAAUUUAACCAGGACUGGAGUCACAUGGAGACCAGACCAUGCGAAGUUGGCAGUUUCCUUCCCAAGAAAAUAAAAGUGAACCACAAGGUUUUUUUUCCUAAAACCCUGACAAUGGUUUUCGGGAUCAUUGUUAGGCUCUUCAUUCCAGAUUUUUUAACAAUUAAAUUCAAACCUGCCAUGGUCCCCAGAACAGUACCUGGGUUUCCCGGAUUAACAGCCUAGUGAUAGAUAAUACCACCAGUCCAUCACCUCCUAAAUUGGUUUGUAGUUUCUAUCUACGUGUAAUGGCCAAAUAAUCAAAGUACAUCCAUUUAGUUCGGUUCUACUGAACUGUAACAAAAUUAUAACCAACAACACCGCAUCCUUUUUUCUGUGAAAUAGCAACUGGACCGUGCUGGCGUACUUUAAUAUAGGGUGUGGUUACAAAAUCAGUCCAGAUUGAAUAAAUCUUUGUCUGGAGCGGGUAAGCUAUCAAGCCAUCAAGUAAUGAGCACACAGUGACGGGCUGAAAGGCUCAAGAGGGAGUUAAAAGGCCCUAUUGUGUGGUUAUAAACCUCCCUGCUAUGUCCUCAAUUAGUUUGACAUUUUAACUUGUGAUGCCUGAAAAAGAAGCAGACUUUUCCAUGGCUACAUUCGCUCUCUGGUGUCCCUGGAGAAGGAGCACACAGUGUCCACCAAUACUCUCGAUAUCUUUCAGGUGGGGUUGGCACUGCAGGGGUGUGGAGUGCUUUAACUCCCUAUCCAGUUCUAUUUUGUUUUUGAUCCCUACCCUCCCCUUCACCUUUUUGUUCACAUAGGCAUUGCCCCCUGAGGGGCUGUGCUUGCUACUGAGUCUUUGGUCACAUGGGUGUUUUUCCUGGUGGUGGGCUAUCAAAUAAAGUGAUUUACACACCUGGUGUCUUUGCUGCAUCUCGCACCUACACAGGGGGACAAAAAAGAAAAGAAGCAGUCACCAUUCUAUGCAUUGGUUUGCUUCUGUAAGCUCAGGCAUCAGGCUCUGUAUUCGUUCUAUAGCGACACAGUUCCUCUGUUCUUAUUGUUAGUCAGAACGUAACCGCUGAAGAUAUCCUGCUGUAAUUUAUACGUGCACGCUCUUAACUUUGCGCCAGUUGUUUUUAUGCACUGAUUUGAUUUAUAAAUUUCUUUAUUACAUUUAAA